UAUAAAAAUACAAAUAGAGAAAUGGAGAGACUGCGCGCCAGCCAGGAGCAAUUUUCUGCUCUUAUAGAAUUCAUGGAAAGGUAUGGUGACCUCUCUCGACCACAGCGGGGACCUCAGGGUCGACUAAAAGCCGACCAAAUGUGGGCAAGGCUCACAUUAUUACUUAAUUCAGUUGGUGGUGGGGUUCACAAAUCACAAGAGAAGUGGAAGAAAGCGCCACCAGUACCAAGGGAAGAACCCAUUCCUGAAGAUGUGGAAAUUGAAAUUCCUGUAGGCUUAGAGAAUUUUAAUUAUAAUACAAGUGUUCCAACAUUGCCAGCAUCACCGCUACUGCUAGACCCACAGCCCUCACCACCACCACCACCAGUACGUCCGCCGCCCCCUCUACCGCGUUCUCCUCCGCGUCCCACUGGUCGACGGUCAUCGGCGUCACCGCGAUCUGCGACUGCCUCGCCGCGACAUGGGAUGCAGAGAGCUCGCAGGAAUCGCGGCUUAACGCCAUUUGACCGGGCCGCUACAGAAUUUGUGGCGGUUGAACAACGACGCCUUGCACUGGAGGAGACGCGAGAGAAGCUUUCCCAUGAGCGAGAAAGGGAAAGGGAAAAGCUUCUCCAUGAACGUGAGAGGGAGCGUGAGGAACUUUUCCACCAAAGAGAAAUGGAGCGACUGCGGCUGGAGUCGCUAUAGGUUGAGGCAAAUCGCGAGCAAACUAGGGUGAUGCAGCAAAUAGCUGUUAUCGGGCAAAGGUUGCUCGAGAUAUUGCCUCAAGGGCCCGCAUCUUAAUUUUUUUUUUCAUAGGGUUUUAAGUGUAUUAUUUAGUGCCUUUCUUUUUAUUUUUUUUAAGUGCUUGUUUUAGAUUUUAAUAUUUUAAUUUAAUAGUUUAAGUACAGUA